UCGAGGAUAUUCCAGGGGAUGGCAUGAGUGACAAGGACCUGUCUUCAGUGGGAGAGGACAUCGAGGACAUUCCAUGGGACAGCACAAGUGACAAGGAGCUGUCCUCAGUGGAAGAGGACAUUGAGGGCAUUCCAGAGGACAGCAAGAGUGACAAAGAGCUGUCCUCAGUGGAAGAGGACAUUGAGGGCAUUCCAGAGGAGAGCACGAGUGGCAAGGAGCUGUCCAAAGGGGAAGUGGCCAUCGAGGGCAUUCCAGAGGAGAGCACGAGUGGCAAGGAGCUGUCCGAAGGGGAAGAGGCCAUCGAGGGCAUUCCAUGGGACAGCACAACUGACCAGAUGCUGUCCUCAGGGGAAGUGGCCAUCAAGGGCAUUCCAUGGGAUAGCACAACUGACCAGAUGCUGUCCUCAGGGGAAGUGGCCAUCAAGGUUGUCCCAUGGUGCAGCACAAGUGACCAGGAGCUGUCCUCAGUGGCAGAGGUCAUCAAGGGCAUUCCAGAGGACAGCAUGAGUGACCUGGAGCUGUCCGAAGGGGAAGUGGCCAUCGAGGGCAUUCUAGAGGACAGCAUGAGUGACCUGGAGCUGUCCGAAGGGGAAGUGCCCAUCAGGGUUUUCCCAUGGGACAGCACAAGUGACCUGGAGCUGUCCUCAGUGGAAGUGGCCAUCGAGGGCAUUCCAGAGGACAGCAAGAGUGACAAGGCGCUGUUCUCAGUGGAUCAGGGCAUCAAGGUUAUUCCAUGGGACAUCAUGAGUGACCUGGAGCUGUCCUCAGUGUUAGAGGACAUCGAGGGCAUUCCAGAGGACAGCAAGAGUGACAAGGAGCUGUCCUCAGUGGAAGAGGACAUGGAGGUUAUUCCAUGGGACAGCAUGAGUGACCUGGAGCUGUCCUCAGUGGAAGAGGCCUUCGAGGGCAUUCCAGAGGCCUGGGUGGAGUGCCCGGCACAGGAGCCGUGCAGCCAAGGGCCGGCGCCUGCCCCGCACAGCCCCCCCAGCCCCUGGCCUGCCCGGCUGCGAGCCCAGGCCCUCCGCGGGCAGCCGGCUGCCCCCAGGAAACGUCCCUCCCGCUUCAGGCGGGCGCUGCGGGCACUGCGGGGGCUGUUCCGCUGUCCCUGCCUGAGGCCACGGCCGGAGGAGUAAAACAGACGAGGAAAAAGAUGAAGAAGAUGAAAACAAAGAAGGUGAAGAAGAGGAGGACAGUGAAGACGACCGCUCCUGCCGGUCCCACUCCUCUGGUGUCGCAGCAGCAGCUGUUCGGUUCAGCUCGAGGGACUGAAAGAUUGCUGCUGCAGCUCCUCCAAGCCAAGGAAGGGAAAAGCUUUUGGAUGGGUCAACAAAGCCAAGCAAGCCAAGCAAAACCAGAGUAGGCAGAGUCCCGAACCAGAGCCUGAGCAGUGAGGCUUGGAAAAAGUGAGGCUUUGGCCCAUCCAACGAACACAAAGCUCCUCCCUUCCCUGCCCCGCACACACUCGGCCCCGGGCCUGGAAGGUGCAGCUGCCAUUUCUUGGGCACAAAGCAGAGGCUCCUGGAACAGACUCUCAGCACAAACCACUCCAAGACAAUGGCAAAGAAGACAAAGAAGAUUAAGACAAAGACACAGCAGACAAUGAAGAAGACAAAGAUGACAUAGCAGAUGAA